AAGGGAGUGCGGAUUUUCAAAAGGCAGUAUUAAUAAACAAACUCAUUUUGAUGCAUCUUUUAUUGCGUCGGUUUUACUCUGAAGGCCAGAAGUUCAAAAAUCCAUUACAGUUGUAACUUGACGGACAUCUUGCUCAGUCGACAGGUCCAUUUGACACGACAAGAUGGCGGCGAAGAGGUCGGCGGUGCGGUCAACGCUGCUGGGUCUCCUGAUGUGUUUGCAAAUGGGCGCCGCUCCGGCCCGCACUGCCCUCGGGCCAGACCAGGUAUCCGAGGCCGACAUCCAGCGGCUCCUUCACGGCGUCAUGGAGCAGCUGGGCAUCGCUCGGCCCAGGGUGGAAUAUCCCGCCCACCAGGCCACAAACAUCGUCGGGCCGCAGAGCAUCCAGGGGGGUGCUCAUGAGGGGCUGCAGCACUUGGGUCCCUAUGGUAACAUUCCCAACAUUGUGGCUGAGCUGGCUGGUGACAACGUCCCCAAAGACUUCAGCGAUGAUCACAGUUACCCAGAUCCUCCAAAUCCUUGUCCUCAGGGAAAGACUGCGGCAGACGGGUGUUUGGAAAACGCUCCGGACACAGCAGACUUCAGCCGGGAGUUCCAAAAGCAUGGACACCUUUACGGUUCAGGGAAUGAGUACCCCGCUCUGAUGAAGUGGAACAAGGAGCGUCUGUACCAGAAGCUGAAGGGUGGACCAACGAGACAAAAAAGGAGUGCCAACCCAUACCUAAUGGGCCGGAGGCUUGACAACGUCGUCGCGAAGAAAUCAGUCCCAACUUUCUAUGAGGAAGACGACAGCGAGGCAUCAACCAUUUCUGCAACCACCAAAGCCGCAAAUUAAAAACUAUCCCAAAAGAAGGAACACCUCCUGUAUUUAAAAAAAAAUGUUGGGGUGAGGGGGGGGGUUCAUUUUAAACCGUUACAAAGAGAGAAUUUAUAAUCCCACUUGACUAU